ACGUGAGGUGUUACUUUUAGACUUUGCACCUCAGACUCAGGAGGAGACUAGGUCUUUCUCCUUAACACAUAGUCAAACGAAGGAGUAUACUGUCAUUGUUUGGUGGUAAAGUGUUGGGCAUAAGACGCAUGCCCCUCCGGGACUCAUUAUGUGCUCUGGUGAAGAGGAAAUACCUGGGACAACAGUCACACCUGGACGGAGACAUCCUUCCCGACCCCCCAAAAACCUGACCUCAAUCCCCACUCAUAAAAGCACAUGAUAUUGCUUCGUCAAUGUCCCAGACUCAGGCAGAGAGAAUGAGAUCAGUUUUCAUCAACGUCUCCAAGAUCCCCCUGCUCUUCCUCUUCCUGUACAUGUUCAUCUGCUCGUUGGAUGUCCUGAGUUCUGCCUUCCAGUUAGCAGGAGGUAAGGUGGCUGGGGACAUCUUCAACGACAACGCCAUACUGUCCAACCCGGUGGCAGGGCUGGUGGUGGGCAUCCUGGUGACGGUUCUGGUCCAGAGCUCCUCUACCUCCACCUCCAUUGUCGUCAGCCUCGUCUCCUCGGGCCUACUCAAUGUGAGGUCUGCCAUCCCAAUCCUCAUGGGAUCCAAUAUUGGGACGUCCGUCACCAACACCAUCGUUGCUCUGAUGCAGGCUGGAGAGAGGGAUGAGUUUGAACGGGCAUUUGCUGGAGCGACGGUGCAUGACUGUUUUAACUGGCUGUCAGUGCUGGUGCUACUGCCCCUGGAGGCAACCACAGGCCUGCUGAGAAGACUGUCUCAGGCUGUAGUUGACACCUUCCACAUCAGCUCUGGAGAUAAGGCCCCAGAGAUGCUCAAGGUCAUGACUGAACCACUCACCAAACUCAUCAUUCAGUUGGACAAGUCUGUCAUCACAGGCAUCGCCAUGGGAGAUGAGGCCAUGAGUAACAGGAGUCUGGUGAGGGUAUGGUGUAAGAAUCACAUCCUAACGUCCUCUGUGAACGUUUCUGUUGGUGAUUCCUUCAACUGUACGCCAGUACAACCCUGCUGGCAAAGCAAUGCAACAACCUGGACAACACAGAACAUGACUCUGCUUGAAAAUAUAGAAAAAUGCAGUCAUCUGUUUGUGGAGUCGUGGUUGUCCGACCUGGCGGUAGGCCUCAUUCUGCUCGCCUGCUCUCUUCUGCUCCUGUGCACCUGUUUGUUGCUGCUGGUCAAGCUGCUCAAUUCCCUGCUCCAAGGCCAGGUGGUGAAGGCCAUCCAGAGGAUCAUCAACACAGACUUCCCCUACCCGUUUGGCUGGCUGGCAGGUUACCUGGCCAUCCUAGUGGGGGCUGGCAUGACCUUUGUGGUUCAGAGCAGCUCAGUGUUCACCUCUGUCAUCACUCCUCUCAUAGGUAUUGGUGUUAUCAGCAUUGAACGUGCCUACCCUUUGACCCUGGGGUCAAACAUUGGUACAACCACCACAGCUAUCCUGGCAGCAUUGGCAAGCCCAGGGGACAAGCUGGCCGCAGCUUUCCAGGUCGCCUUGUGUCAUUUCUUCUUCAACAUACUGGGCAUUCUGCUGUGGUACCCUGUGCCCACCACCCGCCUGCCCAUCCGAAUGGCCAGGACUCUGGGGCAGCGCACGGCCAAAUAUCGCUGGUUCGCUGUACUCUACCUGCUUCUGUGCUUCCUGCUCCUGCCCUCGCUUGUCUUCGCCCUCUCCAUGGCAGGCUGGCAGAUAAUGGCUGGGGUGGGCGUGCCCUUCGCUGCGGCCCUCCUCUUGGUGUCUGUGGUGAACAUGCUGCAGGUACACAGGCCAGGCUGUCUGCCAGUGAGGCUGCAGAGCUGGGACUUCCUGCCUGUCUGGAUGCAUUCCCUUCAACCCCUGGAUACCCUACUCACCAAGGUGACCCUGUGCUGCUCUAAAGGAGCCAGCGAGCCUGGUCUGAUACAGUGCUCUAUGGACCAUGAUGGUCCUCAGAAGAGGAGCCACAUGGCUUUGGACAACCUUGUUCUGUGUUACAUAGACGAGGCCCCCACUGUGGUAAUGACCCAGGGGGCAGACGAAGUCCCGACAGUGGUAAUGACCCAGGGGGCAGACGAAGCCCCCACAGUGGUAAUGACCCAGGGGGCAGACGAAGCCCCCACAGUGGUAAUGUCCCAGGGGGCAGACAAAGCCCCCACAGUGGUAAUGUCCCAGGGGGCAGACAAAGCCCCCACUGUGGUAAUGUCCCAGGGGGUGGACAGGGUCAGGAGCACACGUCUGUAGAUCUUAUGACACUGGAACAACAGGAAGACAGAGCAGAAUAUCUUGUGAAAGCAGCAUUGUUGACUGCAAGAAAUGAGCAGUGAUGAUCUAAUGUUAUGGAACAACGAGACUGAAGCAGAAAACUGUAGGAGCUUAUGGUUGCAUGAAAACAUGACUCCACUCACAGUCAGUUCCUUUAUGGAUUGCGGAAAUCAUGCAUGAUGCCAGCAGCUACAAAACAAUGUUUACUGUGGUUGAGUUAUGUCAUGUACUGUACUUCAAAGCCACGGAAUCAAUGAGAGUUUAUUAUUUACUCACAGUAACUCUAUUUCCAGACAAAUGUUUGGGCCUAUCGCCUAAAGGACAUAUGUAUUAUAUCAUAAUUUCCCACAAUCAGAAUAGCAUUUCACUUUCUGUCAAAACAUACACUUCUUCCUCUUUGCUAUCAGUCAGGAGAGGUUAGUAAAUGUCUGUCUCUCUGCUGAAAAUGCAGGAAGUCUGAUUGAAUAGAAUGAAAAAAACCACUCAGCCAAUUAAAAGGCCUUAAAAAAAAGAAUACAAGUUAUGCAUAUGAAUGGCUGCGUAAUUGAAGCUAUAUAGGAGGGAAUGGGCGCCUCCACACGCUAAUUAUAACGCAGCAGGGCUCUGAAUGGUUGAUUAAACAUCCAUUUGGUGGCAUAAUGGCAAGUGAUUUCCCCAGUUUCAAUACAUUUUAGGCUUAACGUCUCUUCGCUACUCUUUGAACAAUUGGUACUUUUAACCACAUGCAUAUUCCAGAGUUAAAAUUAGAUGAUUUGAUCAUUUUGUUCAAAAUCACAAUUAUUGUAGUACAUAUACGAGUUUCAUAUUUGGGAUGAGAUGGGAAGCGAUUGUUAUAUAUAUGCUAAAUGUAUCAAGUCAACUGUGUGUAACACAGAUAGACAUUCAUCUGUCUUUCCUGUUUAAAAGACACAGCAGAGCAGGGCUUUUCACCGGCCCAGUUUCUCCAACCGAGCUGAGACAGACAAGACAGUUGCCAGUGUCAUGAAACUAGAAGCUAGAAUAGAAUUGAGUAAUAAUUCAGAAUAUACCUCAUCUAACAGUCGGCAGAAAGGGAGUUUGAUAUCAUCCAUAAUAACCAAGGACGAUAGAUGAAGAACAGCCAUGAGAUGGCAUGUUUUUAUUGCAUAAGAAGUUCUUGAGGCAGACCUAUUUAAGUGUAGA